CAACCUCUGCUCUGUUUGCAGACGGAACAAUUUCAUUCGCGUAUUUGAAAAUCCAGAACUGAGGUGCUUUUUCCCACCCGAAGCCCGACGCUCAGUCGCCGAACAUUCAUCCGGCCUUCCCCGGACUUCGCCGUUCCGAAAUCUGGUCUUCACCUCGACUUUCCAUGGCGAAUUGUGUGGUUGUUUUGCUCUUAAUGGCUUGUUUCUUAGCGGACAGCUCGGUUGCGCAUACGUUCUCGUCGAAGCUCAUACAUCGGUUUUCCGAGGAGGCGAAAGCGCUUUGGGAGUCGAGGAGUGGUAAUGUGUCUCGAAAAUUUUGGCCACGGAGGGAUAGCUUGAAGUAUUUUGAAUUGCUUAUGGAUAAUGACUUGAAGAGACGGAGGCUGAAGAUCGGAUCGAAGGACGAGAUGCUUUUGCCUUCCGAAGGAAGCGAAGUUUUGUUCUUCGGGAACGAGUUUGAUUGGUUACAUUACACAUGGAUCGAUAUAGGAACACCAAGUGUUUCGUUUCUUGUUGCGUUGGAUGUCGGAAGUGAUCUGCUCUGGGUUCCGUGUGAUUGCAUUCAAUGUGCUCCCUUGUCUGCAAGUUAUUAUAGCGUACUGGAUAGGGAUUUGAGUGAGUACAACCCAGCUUUAUCGAGCACCAGCAAGCACCUUUCUUGCGACCAUCAAUUAUGUGCGUGGAGCGCAACUUGCAAAAGACCUGAUGAGCCCUGCACUUAUAAACGAGAUUAUUACUCAGAUAAUACAUCAAGUUCUGGAUUUAUGAUUGAAGAUAAAUUGCAUUUGGCAUCUUUCAGCAAACAUGCGAAACGAAGUCUUGUGCAAGCCUCGGUUGUAUUAGGCUGUGGUAGGAAACAGAGUGGUGGCUAUUUGGAUGGGGCUGCCCCUGAUGGUGUCAUGGGUUUGGGUCCUGGAAACAUUUCAGUGCCAACCUUAUUGGCAAAAGCAGGAUUAGUUAGAAACACGUUCUCACUUUGUUUUGAUGGCAAUGGUUCUGGGAGAAUUCUCUUUGGGGACAAUGGUUCUGCUACCCAGCAAACAACACGAUUUUUGCCCUUAUUUGGUGAAUUUGAUGCCUAUUUUGUUGGGGUGGAAUCUUUUUGUGUUGGUAGUUCCUGUCUGCAGAAAAGUGGAUUCCAGGCAUUGGUUGACAGUGGCUCAUCUUUUACAUAUCUUCCAGCAGAAGUCUAUAGAAGGAUUGUCUUUGAGUUUGACAAACAAGUAAAAUUAAAUGCUACCAGAAUAACUCUCCAGGAGUUUCCCUGGAGUUACUGCUAUAAUGUCAGUUCGCUGGAGUCCGCCAAUAUUCCUAGCAUGAAACUCGUGUUUCCUUUGAAUCAAAGCUUUAUACAUGAUCCUGUAUAUGUCCUCCCUGUCAACCAAGGAUAUAAAAUUUUCUGUUUAACUUUAGAGGAGACAGAUGACGAUUAUGGUAUAAUUGGACAAAACUUGAUGGUGGGUUAUCGGAUGGUUUUUGACAGGGAAAAUCUUAAAUUGGGUUGGUCCAAGUCCAAAUGCCUGGAUAUUAAUAGCAAGUCAUACAAUGCCAAGCCUCCUUCAAAUGACGGAUCGCCAAUUGCAAUACCAUCCAAUGAACAAAAAAGCCCACCAAAUAGGCAAGCAAUUGCACCCACUGCUUCAAGAACGACGUCUUCCAAAUCUUCCCCAACUGCAUCCCAUUUUUCUCCCUUGUUACUUUUGUUUCCGGUUUUCCUGGUCGUUUGUUGAGUUUCUCGAGUUCAUAUUGUACAUGCCGCCUUUCAUGACUGGGGUUUCAACUUUCAAUUACUAAAUAGGUUAUCCGUUCCUGUAAGUUAUUUAUCAUAUAGGGAAAAAUAAGUUGCUUUUUUUUUUUUGGGUAUCUAUUAACGGAUAUAUAUUUUGUAGAUAUCUCUUACAAUUGAUCAUGCAUAAGUACAACUGCCAGUUCAAUGUGUAAUUCUUUCUAUGCUCCUCCAUCAACCAAAUUAUUUGAAGAAGUGCCUGGUUUAGACAUUGUUAACAAAUAACCGAAGUUCUGUAAAACUAUAUUGGAAAGGUUUAGGUUUUGUGUACGUCAAUAAUUUCAGUACAUGCAAGGAAAAGAAACUUGGGUGGCGACUGACCAGCUUCCGCACCUCUCGUACUACUUACUAUGCUGCAAUAUUACCAGACAGGUUACAUGAAGAGGAGCAUUUUCGGAUAAAUUGAUUGAUUAGCUCUAUAUGGGCUAGUGCCUUGGUCAGAUGAGUCAUGCAGGGUGACUCCAAGGUAAAUAGACCUCCCGCAAUCAAUGAAAUAUGAGUUGUGAAAGAAAAAUUAAUAUAUUAUACAUUGCCCAAAAACAUUGGAUAGCUCUUCACUCAAGUGGUUUAACCUUUUAGAUCAAUUUGAUUUAGAAAAGAAAUGGGAAGAUGAAAUGAGUUGUUCAAGUCACAAAAUUUUAAUUCGUAAUGCAAAAAGAAUGUGAUUAGGAGGUUAAUCGUAUUAAGAUGAAGCAAAGCAACCUAAUGAAGUUGAACUGUGACUGAUACCACAGGAGGAGACCACGAUCAAGUGGGUGAAUUCAUGCCAAGGUUUGGCCUUUUCUUUUUCUGGCACUUGCUUUGGGAGAAAGUUGUACUAAGCUAGUGGUCUACUUUCUUUUUCCCAGAAAUAUUAAGUUUUUGUUAUUGGUGCAAAUCUUUUCUUAUAUUUAAGAUACGAAAUUGUCUGUUUACUUUUAAAUUUUAUUCAAAAGAUCCAAUA